AUUCUUACAAGUACAGUUAUUUUUGCAAAGCUUUGAGGUGUAAUUAAAACUGAAAUUGAUAAAUUCACGAUCGAUUGACCGGAAACAAAACGACGAUUUCAAAGACAAAGAAAAGGGGUUAAAAGGUUAAUUUAAAAAAAGUUUUUCCUUUCUUUUCUUUUUUAUUCAUUAUUUAGAGGUGAUUAGUGAGAAGCGACAGAUGCUAAUUUCUUGUAGCAACUUUAAUUUUCCCCUUAUUUAAUUAAUUAUCCAGUUGAUGAGACGAAAAGUGACUUGGUAAAGUUUGCAAAAAAAGUACCUCUAUCAGUAUUUUAUCGAUAUUUCAGCUUGAACAACAUCAAAGCGCGUAUUAAAUGAUACAUUUACUUUUAAUUAAUGAAGAAAAAUCAUUUUAUCAAAAAGGUGUUAAGAGCAAUGAAAAACUUCUUGGAGUCGUUCCAAGAAGUGUUGUAUAGAAUUGAGAAAUGAAAAUUAUUGUGCGCCGACGAAAACUGAUCUCGUAAAUUUCACGAAUUUUCUCGCCAAGUUUUUGGAAUGGUUUAAACCAAGAAAAAAAGAAAAUGUUUUUACCCAUUUCAAUAACUGACAAGAAAUGGAAAUCCAUUUCUACGUCGUCAUCUUCAUAAUCUUCCUUUUAAUCAUCAUCAACGAAGGAAACGACGACCAACAAAUCUCAGCCUUUUUAAACGGCGAUUUUAUCAUCGGAGCGUUACUUCCAAUUCAUCAUCAGCCGUCGUUAAUAAAUAAAAUUUCGGGUCACAUUAUAAAAUGCGGUUCAAUUCGCGAGAACUACGGAAUACAACGUGUUGAAACUGCGUUUCAAACGAUCGAUAAGAUCAAUUCCGAUCCAAAUUUACUUCCAAAUAUUACGUUGGGUAUUGAAAUUCGCGAUGAGUGUUGGUACGCCCCCGUAGCUCUUCAACAAUCAAUCGAAUUGAUAAGGGACGCUGUAAAACCGCAUCCCGGAACAAGUACUAAUGUUUGCUAUAUUAAUCAGACGGAAAUGAAAUCGAAAUUUACCGAACAAAGGGGGCCGCUAAUUGGCGUUAUCGGACCCGGAUCGAGUUCUGUUGCGCUACAAGUACAGAAUUUAUUACAAUUAUUUCAUAUACCACAAGUUGGGUAUUCAGCGACAUCAAAAGAUUUAUCCGAUAAAAGUCGAUUUAAUUAUUUUUUGAGGGUCGUCCCAAGCGAUUUUUAUCAAGCUCAAGUCAUUUUGGAUAUCGUAAGAAAUUAUGGAUGGACUUAUGUUUCAGCCGUUAACACUAAUGAAAAUUACGGCCAAUCCGGAAUUCAAGCGUUCCGGGAACUCGCCGAACAAACGGAAGUUUGCAUCGCCCGAGAAUUUUCCGUUCUUAGUAACGACAAAGAAGAAAUCUUCGAAAAAGCCAUCAAAACAUUAGAUCAAGAUAAACAGGCGGUGGUCGUGGUGUGUUUUUGCGAAGGUUUUACCGUUCGAGGACUUUUAGAAGCAACGAAACGAUUGAAUAUGACAAACCGUUUCUUGUUUAUAGGAAGUGAUGGUUGGGCCGAUAGAAGUGAUGUAACAGAAGGAAAUGAAGAAAUCGCUUGGGGUAGUAUUUCAAUUCGAAUUCAUUCUCCAAUUGUAAAAGAUUUUAAAAAUUAUUAUUUAAAAUUAAAUCCUCACAAAAAUCUAAGAAAUCCAUGGUUUAAAGAAAUGUGGGAGGAUUUUUUCCAUUGUUCGUUAAAUAAACAAAUUGGAAACGAUAAACUCAAAGAAAAAUGUACCGGUAAAGAACGUUUCCCAAAAAACCAUCGUCAAGAUGCGAAAUUAAGCUUUGUUGUUAAAGCAAUUUAUAGUUUAGCUCACGGACUUCAUAACAUGCAAAAAGAUCUUUGCCAGGGCGCUUUAGGCGUUUGCCCCAAACUUCAAUCGUUCAACGGAUCAUUAUUUAAAAGUUAUUUAAUGAACGUUUCAUUCGAAUACGAAAACGACACGGUUCAAUUCGACGAGAACGGAGAUCCGCCAGGAAAAUACGUUAUAUUAAACUACCAAAGAAAAAUGAACGACACUUAUGACUACGUAGAAAUUGGAAACUGGCAUAAUGGGACGUUAAUGUGGCACAAAGAGAUCCAAUUUGGAAAUAGAACUGAAGUUAGUUCAGUUUGUUCGAUGCCGUGCAAAGUUGGACAUUAUAAAAAUGUGCAACAAUCGGGAAAAGAAAAGAAGUGUUGUUGGGCAUGCAGCCGAUGUGGAAACGAUGAAGUUGUUCAUCCGUAUGAUAACACCCGUUGUGAAAAAUGUUUAAACGGAUCUGCGCCAAAUACUAAUCAAACAGAUUGUAUAAAACUUCCGAUUGUUUACACAAAAUGGAGCGAUGCCGAAGCAAUUAUCGCAAUGACUUUUUCAAUAAUCGGUUUAAUAACAACAAUUUCUUCUUUUGUGGUUUUUUUAAAACACAACGAUACUCCGGUUGUUAAAUCUUCGACGCGAGAACUUUCUUAUAUAAUUUUAAUCGGGAUGGGUUUAGCGUACGCUUCGGUUUAUUCGAUUUUGGCGAAACCCUCGAUGAUUUCUUGUGCUUUAGAAAGAACGUUGCCUGGAUUAAGUUUCGCUAUGAUUUAUGCCGCCUUAUUGACGAAAACUAAUCGAAUCGCACGGAUCUUAGCGGGAUCGAAGAAGAAAUUUCCCUCUUCUCGUAAACGGAUGUUUAUGUCGACGACAUCUCAAGUUGUUAUCACUUGUAUUUUGAUCGGAAUUGAGAUUGUUGUAUCAACUUGGAUGUUGUUUUAUGAAUUACCCGAUAGUCAAUUUAGUUACGAGAAGACUAAAACGGUUUUGGAAUGUAAUACGAGUCCGAAAGGGGUAUUGGUGCCGUUAAUUUAUGAUUUUUUAUUAAUUUUCUUUUGUACUUUGUAUGCUUUAAAAACAAGAAAUGUUCCGGAAAACUUUAAUGAAGCGAAAUUUAUUGGUUUCGCAAUGUACACAACGUGUGUUAUUUGGGUUGCGUUCGUUCCGAUUUACUUUGGGAGUAAUUCAAAAGUUAUCACUUUUUCAAUGUGUGUAACUUUAAGCGCGAUGGUUACUUGGGCUUUUUUAUUCGUCCCAAAACUUUAUAUAAUCAUUUUGCGACCGGAACGAAAUAAUCGCUCGUUUUUUACAACUAGUAAAACGAUUCGAUGUCAUAUUGGUUCGAGGGUUGCUUCUGCUUUAUCCGAGAAAAGUUCUAUUAGUAAUAGUUGGAGGGAUGAGCAUUCAACGACGACUUUUAAAGAAAAUUCUAAUGAUGAAGGACCAGAUAAAAGAACGUUAUCGUGCCAAACCGAAGUUGAGUUAUUACAGGUACUUCUAAAUCCUAAAAUGUUGUUGGAAAGUUAUGGAAAUAGGACGCAGAGGUUAACGCCGAGAAUUACGGAAAGGAAUUGUUGCCAAACUGAAAAUUGCGAGUUGAAGAAUAUUACUAUCACACUUCCAGAUCAAGCACUUUAAUUAUUUUAAUUAAUUCUAGUUAAAAAAGUGGACCAAAAAAAUUGCAAAUUCCUUAUUUUAGUCAAAAGUCUUCCAAAAACAUUUUAGAAACUUAUUUAUAUUUUGUUAUUAAUUAGAUUAGAAAUAAAUAAAUUUCUUUUAAAAUGUUUGUCUAAAAAUUAAAAAAAAAAUCCGCCCGAGCAGGGACUUGAACCCUGGACCCUUGG